AUGAUUUUCGUGGUAUGUUUCUGUCGUUUGUUUCGAAGUAAGUUUCGCUCACAGGAACGGGCGAGACGAACCAGUCUGUCAACCCAACAAACAGCACUCAGAUCUACCUCAAAUGCUCGCAGAAACAGCCUACUUGAUGCCCUUCGUGAUGAUAUGCCGGAAAGGAACCAUAACACUACGGGUGGUGACGCAAUUCAAAGUCCCCAAAACGAGAGCCAAGAAGAUGAUAUACGGGAUCCAAUUGCCGACAGUGGUCCGCCAACUUACGAAGAGACGCAAGAACCUCAGUUGCCUCCCCCCAGUUAUGAGGAGGCAUUAAGACUAUCGAUGGAGGAUUUAUCAGCAACACAAGAACGACAGGCGGAACACUUUGUAUGA